AUGUUGGCUCUACGUGACCAGGAAAAUCUGGUGAACACCCACCAGACGACCGCCGCCAACAAGCCUUUGAACCAAGGAUCCAAGCCGCUAGCUCCCAAGACUCCCGGCAAGAAAGUGCGCCUCAAUGACGAGAACAACACCAUCGGAUUUGGAAAGCAGACAGUAAAGGGAAAUGGAAAACUGGGCAAGGAUGCGUUCGUGACGCCUAUGGACACAAAGAACCGAGCUCCUUUGGGUAAUAAGACAACCAACCUCAAAGCGAAAGGUCUUCAGACACCGGCCCCGUUCGGCGGAACGUUGAAACCCGAGAGAACCAACCGGAGAGCUUCUUCCCAGAAAGUCAAGAAGGCUGCCCCAGUCACUCAGCAAUCCCAGACCAAAGUUCAUCUUGAUGUGGCCCAAGAUGAUGUGGCGGAUAUUGAAUAUAUGCCCCCAAAGCCUCGAGAUCUCCCGGACAUCCCAGAUGAUAUUGCCUACGACACCACAUACCCUCAGUUCCGGCCUCGAAACCGGGCUUUGGGACUGGAGAGCGUUUACGGGCGACAAGAAGUCGGCAGCGACGGCCUAACACGGAAGCAGCGCAAAUUCAAAGAGGACUCCGCCAAGUGUGACAAGAUGGUCGACGAGAUGAUCAUGAGACAACUCGAUGGCAUUAGUUUCAACGAGCAGAGCGAAGACGAGGCCAUUAUGCCGUCGGCUCCAGCACCGCUAGUACGAACCAAUCGUCCGAGUGUACCAUCCACAAAUGCCAGACCUUCGCGAAGCAUUUCUACACUCCGUUCUCAUGAGGCGGCGGCUGCCUUGUCUGCACCAAAGACCAGAUCUGUUUCGGCCAGACUGGCUGCGGCUCCUAAGCCUAGCUUAGCAUCGUCCCUGCUGAUGCCCAAGAAGAAGGUCCGCGUGCCGACUAACCCAUCAUCCAUGCGAAAUGCCGCAGCCGCAGUGAACUCCAACACUACUAUGGGCUACUCAAAGGGCCGUAGCGUCUCGUCUACUCUGCGGGAAAAUGAACUCAACUCCAAGCCUAGCGCUGUGUCACCCGAAACCUAUCUAGAGCUUUACGGACCACCUCCCCUGGGAUCGGCCAUGUGGACUCGGUGCAAAGCUGCUGGCUUCUUCGACGCGGAUGAGAAUGCUGGACAGGAGCUCCAAGAUUCCCUCCCCACAUUUGCCGAGGAUGAAGAAGCUUCCAGCUUCCAGCUUACGCUGUAG